AUGAGUCAAAUAUACAUUGCCUCCAAUAGCAUUUCUGAUGCCCAUAAAUCAGAUAUUUUUUCUGUUGCUGUUACUGAAUUAUUCACUAUAACUGCUUCAGGAGAUGGUACCGUUUCUCUUUGGGAUAACUCAUCGAAUGAACCUAAGUCUUUCAUUGCGCUUCAAUCACCUGUGGGAUUUCAUCAUAUAGCUACGAAUGGGAGGAAUGUUUUAGCUGCAGUAUCAUAUGAUGGAAGGAUCAGCUUUUUUGAUUUAAAAGAUAUGGUGAAAAUUGAAGUUUCUGCUUUCCAAUUAGAAGAGUCUAAAUAUUGGGCUAUUUCUCUUUCAAUUGAAAAUGAUCUACUAGCUUUGAGUACUAUUGAUGGUGCUGUUGAUCUAUGGGAUAUAUCAGAGCUCGCACACCCCAAAAAACUAGCAACUCUCAGAGAUUUAAAAAAAGGAUUUGGCCUUUCGGUGGAUAUAUCACCUGAUGGUAAAUAUAUCGCAACAGGCCAUGAGACUGGUACUUUAUUAAUAUAUCAGGUUGAAACAUUAAAAUUUUUUUUAUCGAUUCCAGGCCAUUCUUCGCCUAUACGGACUAUCAAAUUUUCUCCUUCAAGCACUAUGAUUGCCGUUGCAGGUGACUCAAAAUUGAUAUCUCUCUACAACGUUUCAACAGGUGAGCAUAUAACAAAUCUACCAGGUCAUGAUGGAUGGAUUUUUUCUUUGAGUUGGAGUGAAAUUGGUGACUUUUUGUUGAGCUCUUGUUAUGGGGGGAAAGCAAAAAUUUGGUCUCUUGAAACAAUGUCAUGCGUAUUUACCAUUUCUGAAAAUAGCAAGCCUUUACUUUCGAGUGCGUGGUUAGACAAAGGUUGGGGCAAAGGUGUUAUAGGUGGAAAAAACAAAGGGAUUGUUACAGUCGGCGAAGAAAAAGCCAUUAGAUGGUACCGAGAAGGCUCUGGUCAAUAA